AUGUUAUAUGAAUUAGUUGGAAUAGUACGUACUUUGAAUCGUGCUUCACAAACUACUGAGGCUAAAGAACUUCUCACUACAGUUGGUAAAUUAAUUCUAAAUAAUAGAGGUGUAAUAAGAAAAAUUGUACCGUUAGGUCAAAGACAACUGCCGAAAAUUAUGAAGAAGGACCAAGAACAACAUAUUAAUGGGUAUCAUUUCUUAAUGUUAUUUGAUUCCUCGGCUGCAGUUCAAUCUGAAAUCCUUAGAACGUUAAAGAAGGAUCCCAGAGUCAUUAGAUCCUCUAUUGUUAAAGUUGAUUUGGAGAAAAGAUUAAAUACACCAUCUUCAUUGCAUAAGGCUUUGGGUCAAGAUUCUGUUAUUCAAGCAAAACACUGA